UCUUUGAUGAUUAAUAUUUUGAUUUAUUGCUUUUCUAGAUUAGUUUCGUCGACUGAUACGUUCUGUUGAGUUGAUCAUACAGGAAUAUGUUGGGGAUUGCGAAGCAGAAAAUUGCCUCCAUAGCCAUUAUUGGCGCUUCUAGGAUUGGGAUUUCGCGUGCGCUGUGCGUGUCAAGAAGCUAUUCCUCUUCCUCGAAAGAGAUGACAGUACGGGAUGCACUAAACUCUGCACUUGAUGAAGAAAUGGCUGCAGACCCUAAAGUAUUUUUGAUGGGAGAAGAGGUUGGAGAAUAUCAGGGUGCAUAUAAGAUUACAAAAGGUCUUCUGGCAAAGUAUGGUCCAGAGAGAGUUGUUGAUACGCCAAUUACAGAGGCUGGCUUUACUGGAAUUGGUGUUGGAGCUGCUUACUACGGCCUGCGGCCUAUUAUAGAGUUCAUGACAUUUAAUUUCGCCAUGCAGGCAAUAGACCACAUAAUUAAUUCAGCUGCAAAAUCGAACUACAUGUCUGCUGGUCAAAUAUCUGUUCCUAUUGUGUUCAGAGGACCUAAUGGCGCUGCUGCUGGAGUUGGUGCCCAGCACUCCCAGUGUUAUGCAGCAUGGUACGCAUCUUGUCCUGGUCUGAAAGUUCUGUCUCCAUACUCCUCAGAAGAUGCACGUGGCCUUCUCAAGGCUGCCAUUAGGGACCCUGAUCCUGUCGUAUUCCUAGAAAAUGAGUUGAUAUAUGGAGAAUCAUUCCCUAUUUCAGCAGAAGCUCUUGACGCUAGUUUUGUUCUUCCAAUAGGCAAAGCUAAGAUAGAACGUGAAGGGAAAGAUGUUACCAUUACUGCAUACUCAAAGAUGGUCGGUUUUUCCCUCAAGGCAGCUGAAAUUCUCGAGAAGGAAGGAAUUAGCGCGGAGGUUAUCAACUUGCUGUCAAUUCGUCCUCUUGAUCGAGCAACCAUCAAUGCUUCUGUGAGAAAAACCAACAGACUCGUAACUGUUGAAGAAGGAUUCCCUCAACAUGGUGUUGGUGCAGAAAUCUGUGCAUCGGUAGUUGAGGAAAGUUUUGAGUAUCUGGAUGCUCCAGUUGAGAGGAUUGCUGGAGCAGAUGUGCCAAUGCCUUAUGCUGCAAAUCUAGAGAGAUUGGCCCUUCCACAGAUUGAAGAUAUUGUUCGAGCUGCAAAGAGAGCCUGCUAUAGGGCAACUGCUUAAGGGGUGGGAGAAGGCUGUUAAUCAUUUGGUUAUCUUUCUGUCCCAAACAAUUGUCUUUUUGUAUAAGUUAAUUUCUUGCAUGUAAUUCCUAUAAAGAUUGGCAAUUAACUGAUUGCUAGAAAGUCGAGAAUAAGUGCAUGACAAGUCGAGAUUAUGUUGGGAUGAUCAAUAAGAAUUCAAUGACUAAAUCAAAUUGAUUUGAAUUUGUUA